AGGUCACAGCUGUCCUGGAGUACUUUUUGCGCAGAAUCUCCCUCCUUGGAUCCUCUUGCCUUCAGCAAGCCGUAGACCUCCGUAGCCAAGUUUCCUACAGCCCUGCGAAACUAAGUUAUUCACCAUCAUGUCUUCUGGAAACGCUCAGAUUGGCAAACCUGCGCCAGAGUUCAAGGCCACAGCUGUGGUCGAUGGCCAGUUCAAGGAAAUCAAGCUGUCUGACUACAAAGGGAAGUAUGUGGUCGUCUUCUUCUACCCCUUGGACUUUACCUUCGUGUGCCCGACUGAGAUCAUUGCCUUCAGCGACAGAGCAGAGGAUUUCCGCCGUAUUAACUGUGAAGUCAUCGGCUGCUCCAUUGACUCUCAUUUCACCCACUUGGCAUGGAUCAAUACACCAAGGAAAGAAGGAGGACUGGGUGCCAUGAAGAUCCCUCUUGUUGCAGACCUCACAAAAUCAAUUUCCAGAGACUACGGCGUGUUGAAGGAGGAUGAAGGCAUUGCAUACAGGGGUUUGUUUGUGAUUGACGGUAACGGGACCUUGAGGCAGAUCACCAUCAACGACCUGCCUGUGGGUCGCUCUGUGGAUGAGACCCUGCGUCUGGUGCAAGCCUUCCAGCACACUGACAAACACGGAGAGGUUUGUCCCGCCGGCUGGAAGCCUGGGAGCGACACGAUCAUCCCUGACGUGCAAAAGAGCAAAGCCUUCUUCUCCAAGCAGUAAAUCCCAAGGUCUUCUGUCCAGCAGAUUGGUCAUGAGUGCAGCACUUGUUUCUGGAUUGGAGGUUUCCCUGUGAAGUACUACAGAUCUCGCACCCAUUAGAACAAACUUAUCAACUUCCUCUACAAGUGUUAUCCUUGUCUGCUCAGGCUACAGUUGAUGGGAUAACCUCUUAGUCUCACGCACUGAAACUAUAGUUUAGUUUUACUCCCUUUUGUUUGUUUUUUCAAAAAAAAAAAGUGAUAUUUUUUCCUUGCUGUCAUUUGCUACCAUCUCUAUUAAAACUGUGGGAAAACA